AUGCAUCUCGGAAAGACUAUCGCGUUCUUCUGUCUCAGCUCUGGGGCCCUUUCCUAUAAGAUCCGUGCAUUUAGCGGUAAAGAUUGCUCGGGCGAUGCCAAGGAAAUCAAUGUAUGGGACAAUACCUGCAGAGAUAACAAUGUCCCUACAACCCGAUCUUUUCGAGUGCUAGCCUAUGGGGCACAUCGCCAGAGAGCUACCUUUUCGGAAGACCAUGCCUGUGGAUAUGGGAAGCAAAGUUACUGGGCGGACGGUGGGAGUGAUAAGUUCAAGAAGGACGCGUGUAUUACUCUGGACUUUGAAGCGAAUACCUACGGCUCUCGUUCAGCCUAG